AUGGCGAAGGCCGACGGACUCUUGAAAAGUAUCCAGCCUGAAGGUGCCCCCGAACUGCAACCGCCCCCUGUGCCAGCGCUGGAGUUUUUACAAUCUUUUGAAGAAGAGAAGAAGAAAUCGGCUCGGACUGACUACUGGCUGCAGCCUGAAAUUGUGGUCAAGAUCAUUACGAAGAAACUCGGUGAGAAAUACCACAAAAAGAAGGCCAUCGUGAAGGAAGUAAUCAACAAAUACACAGCGGUUGUCAAGUUGAUUGAUUCCGGAGACAAGCUGAAACUCGACCAGACACACCUGGAGACCGUGAUUCCCGCACCAGGCAAAAAGGUGCUGGUUUUGAAUGGUGGCUACAGAGGAAACGAAGCUACUUUAGUCUGCAUAAGCGAGAAAACGUUUUCGGCAACAAUACUCAUCGAAUCGGGGCCUCUAAAGGGACGCCAGGUCGAAGGCGUGCCGUAUGAAGACAUCUCCAAACAGGCUUGAAUGGCGAAGGCCGACGGACUCUUGAAAAGUAUCCAGCCUGAAGGUGCCCCCGAAGCUGCGACCGCCCCCUGUGCCAGCGCUGGAGUUUUUAAAAUCUGUUUGCAGAUCCAAACUAAGGAAGCGGGGUCUUAUUUUUUAAGACAGCAGUCUUGGACUAGAGAUUUCUUGCUGUCUAAGCCACUUAACGAACUCUAUGAUGUUUUGCUAUUUAACAGUAUUUCUUCCAGCCCACUUAAACUGGGAUAUUUUAUGAUGUUAAGCGUGAGACGUUGCCUGUCAUAAA